AUGCCGCAAUCUGUUAGAUCACCUAACACCUGGAGAUUUCAUUUGGCGUCCAUAUCUAAACAUGAACACCUACAUGAAGUCAGAGAGGAAGAUGUUGCCGUUUGGACUGCUUGUGUGCCGAUUAUCAGAUUCACCACUGUAAAGAUGCACAACAGUUACCGUGUCAAACUACAAUUUAGAAUGCAUCAAAAUAUCUCAGAUCCCCCUGUUGACCUCAGUAAAUGGCAUCUCAAAAGAGUUAAUGAUCAAUGGGAUUAUCCCGACUAG